GCUCACGUCAGGGCAGUUGACAAGCAACAAGUUAACAACCGGUCUCCAUCACAACAGAUGCGCCGACUGCACAAGUUCGACCGCCCUGUGCGUGCGACGGCACUUCGAUACUUCUCGCAAGCAAGGUCUGUGAAUGAAAAGGCUAUUGAGAGUCCUUGGCACGAGUUCACUCCGAAAGGUUUGGCAGUUCUGAACACAGCAGGAAAUCUAUGUGCUUUGGCGGCAGCUGGAAGCCAUGACCAUGUCAUGGUGCGUCUACUUUCUGGCGCGGCGGCUUCUUGCGGCGCGUCCUUCAACUGUUUAAUGCCAAAGCCUUUGAAGACACACCAAAAGACUGCGGCAGUUUGGGGCGUGGCGUUUGCCGCGUUGCAUUUCACCAACCUGGCCCUGUUACUGCGAGAACGAAACCAUGGCCUUCAUUUAACGGAUGAAGAAGAGGAGAUCUACGAGCAUGGCUUCCAAAGUCAUGGGGUGACGCCAAGACAAUUCACCAAGCUUUUGAAGGCAGGGGCCAAGUUCAAGGAUUAUGGCCCAGGAGAGCAGAUUGUGGUCACUGGUGAUGCGGUCCAAACGGUGUUCUACGUCGCGAAAGGUACCUGUGUCACCGAGCGGCCUGGAGGAGUUGCGAAUAUCGAAUACCACCAGGAUGUCUUCAUUGGUACACUUUGGCCAAAUGUGUGGCGCGCGGAGUUUCUGGGUGUGCCAUAUGUGGAGAACGAAUCUGACCAGGAGGACUGGGAGGAUUCCUGGCUGAUCGAGAAAGCCGAAGCCCGCGCAAAGAGACACCGCGGCAGCACUGGGGAUCUGCAUGCGCUGUUGAGGUCCGGCCUGGAGGAGAAGACAGGGCCGCUUACCAACGUCAGAGCAGGCUCUGCCUGGGUGUCCAAUAUCGUGGCGGGACCGGAGGGAUGCCGAUUACUUGAGUGGCCGCUGAGCAUCUUCAGCCAUGCCGUGGGAGCAGAUGAGAGACUUUGCACGGCAUUUCAGAAUGUGGAGACGAUGGGUUUGGCGAGCAAAAUUGUGAAGGGUGCGAGCAGAAAGGCAUUGGAAGGGUACAAGGAGAUCCUUUGCGCGACCCUCUCAGACAACAGAAUAACUCCGGAGGAGAACCUGGCUCUCAAUCGAUAUCGUGCGCGCCAUUGCAUUCCUGAUGGAGAGCAUCUAGAAAUGCUGACCAGUUUUGGCUGGAGCCCCGAAGAAUUCAAGGCUGGCAUGAAGAGCCUUGGACUGCACCUGGUAGGUGACCCAGGUGGGAAUGUGGGAACCUUCAGACAGCGAUACCUCGUGGAGGAUGAUUUCGAGGAGGCGCAGCGAGAGCGAGAGCGAGACGGGCCGUUGCUCUUCUUCUGCGGCAACGAAGGCGACGUGGAGGCCUUUGCCAACUUUAGCGGCUUUCUGCGGGAGGCUGCAGUUGCGUUGGGUGGACAAGUGGUUUUCGCAGAACACCGAUUCUACGGGCAAAGUCUCCCGUUCGGUCGAGAUUUUAGCAAACAGCAGACGCAAUACCUGACCGUGGAACAAGCGCUUGAAGACUAUGCUCAACUCAUCCGGUCCUUGGUAGCUGAUCAGCGUAGCGUGGUGGUCUUUGGAGGCUCCUAUGGAGGUAUGCUGAGCAGCUGGAUGCGAGCCAGGUACCCGAAACUGGUUUUUGCGGCAGUGGCAUCCUCCGCUCCUCUGCGCUUCGAGGGCGUCAAGGGCUUCUUCCGGCUGGUCACCGAGGCGGCCUCUGCCAACAGCUGCGGCUGCGCGGAGCGCGUGCGGCGCGGCUUCGCGGUGCUCCGGGAAAUGCCCAGGAGAACACUGCAAGAGGCAUUUGGACUUUGCAGUGACAACUUCCAGUUGGAUGAGCUGAUUCUAUGGGCGCGCAACGCCUUUGUCACAGUGGCCAUGGGGAACUACCCCUAUGCCUUGGACCUCUUCGGCCAGGGCCUGCCGGGCUGGCCGUUGAAGGCCGCCUGCGAGCCACGGAACUUCCAACAGCUGGCGCCCUUGGAAUUUUUGGCCAAAGCCGUUGGAUCCUACUACAAUGCCACAGGCACUGUGGCGUGUCAUAGCAUCAACGGCGAGUAUCGGGACUGUGCAGACCAGACCGGCUGUGGCAGUUCGCAUUCUGCGUGGGGCCGCUCGUGGGAUGUCGAAGCCUGCCGGCAGAUCGUGUAUUCCACCUCCACGGACAACAUCAGCGAUAUGUUUCCGCCUAGAGAAUGGGGUCCAACCCAGCUGUCUCGCUACUGCCAGCAGACAUGGAGCAUCAAACCUCAGAUCACGUGGUACCAGUCGUGGUUGUCUGCCGUUGAGAACAGCAGCCGCAUCAUCUUCACCAACGGACUCUGGGAUCCCUGGCGAAGUGGUGGCGUGCUGAAGUCUUUGUCCAGCACUUUGGUGUCUCUGAAGAUUCCAGAAGCUGGACAUAUGUAUGACUUGGCAGCCUCCCAUCCAAAGGAUCUCCCAGCUGUUGGGAUGGUCAGGCGGAAGGUGGUCUCCCUGCUGCAAAGCUGGUUAUCCUCCGAUCCCGAUCGCCGCGAGCUGUACAACGCUGCCUUGAAAGAUGUGCAAAGGGCUGCUGCUGCAAGUCCUGAAGAGCGGCAACGCUGUGGACAGCGCUUGGCGUUGAUCUCCAAGGCUUUGCGCCUGGCCAAGCGGAAGCCUGAGAAGCGACAGAGGCCUGAGUGGUCGACGUAUCCAGAGGCAGUUGCCUUGCCAAGAUGUCCAGAUGAUGCCCGAUAUGUGAAAAGCUUCAGCACUGAUGAUCUUCCUGCGGCGCAAAGUUUCUUCCAGACCUACGGCUUCGUUGUCUUCAAAGAUGUUCUGAGUGCCGCUGAGUGCGAGGCCACAGUGGCUGAGAUUUGGACUUCCUUGGAAGAACGCACCGAAGGACUGGCGCGUGACGCCCCCGAGAGCUGGCCCCUGUUGUCGUCGCAACGCUACGGGCUGCCCGAAGAGCAGGCUGUCUUCACGCCGCAGAUGGUUGCCAAUCGGCAAAAUGCCCGUGUGUAUGCAGCCUUGGAUGCGGUUCUUCCACGAAUUGAUGCAGUGGAGGAUUUUGACAGUCCUCAUCCAGAUCCAAACAGCGUGGUGGUCACGCAAGACAGGUGGUGCAUCUAUCGUCCUGCGGGUGAUGAUGAAGGCGCUCGAACGGCUGAAAAUCUGCACCUGGACGUGAAUCCGUGGACCUAUGCUGGGCUGAAGCCAACAGAAAUCGAAAGCCUCAGGUACGGUACAAGCAUCGCUGGAGACCACCGCUUUCCAUUGCAGGACUUCCGGGCAGAGCUCACGGCUGUUCAAGGGCGUGGCGGCGAACAUGGCGAACAUGUGCAAGGGGUGAUGAACCUGCUGGACAACUUGGAAGAGGAUGGUGGCACCCGACUUGUGCCUGGCUUUCACCGAUCCUUCAUGGCCUGGUUGGAAGCACUAGGUGACUUGGAAAGCAACCUGGCACAAAGCGGCCAGCAUGACAAUUGGGUGCUACGCAGAGCUGCUGGUGGCGGCAGCUUCAAAUUUUCCAACCUGGAUCCUAUUCAUCAGCUGUCGAGGCGAAUCCCAAUGAGGGCUGGCAGCUUUCUUCUUUGGAACCAGCUGGUGGUGCAUGGCAGUUGCUCAAACAAGAGUUCCAAUUUUCGGAUGGCCCAAUUCAUCACCGGUUUCCGGGCAGGCGAGAUGAGCCCAGGGCGCUCCUGGGCCCGCGCCAGGGCGGUGCAUCGGCACUGCCAUGGCUUGACGCGGCUGCCGCUGGUGCCACAUGUCUUUGGGGAGGUCGCAGAGGAGGACUGGAGGCCGUCGCAGAAAGCUGGAGAUUCUCGAGAGCAGCUGGCAGUGGAGCAAGUUCUUAGGAGCAGCAGAGAUCCAGACGCUGUGUUGAAGGCAUUCGAGGACUUUCAUGUGCAAUGCAGGCCGCUGCUUCACGUUGGUCCCUUGAAGGGCCGCCAUCUGGAUGAUGCGGUUCGACGCUCUUCACCCUCAUUGGUGCUGGAACUAGGGAGCUACUUGGGAUACUCCGCGGUCAGAAUCGCUCGACUUUUGGGAGAUGGUGCCGUCCUCUACACUGUCGAGCAGGAUGCAGACAAGGCUGCGAAAGCAGAGGCCAUCAUCAAGCAUGCGGGGCUUUCAAAUACCUUGGUGCUGCAUGGGACGCUGGAAAGUGUCCAGUCGCAGCUCCCACGGCCUGUGGAUUUGGUCUUCCUGGACCACUCCAAAGCUCUGUACGUGGCGGAAAUUCAUCGCCUGGAGGACCUGGGAUUCAUCAGAUGUGGCACCACCAUCGUGGCGGACAACAUUGGAGGAUGCAGCAGAGCGAACUGUGGUCGGGUGAACUGCGGAUGCGCCUAUUCCCGAUACGUGCGCGAUGCUGGUCGCUACUCCUCGGAGUUCUUCUGGGGCUCACGCGAUGGGAUCGAGGUCUCCGUUGCCCAAGACUUUCCCAAGUUGCAGGCAUUUUCCGAGCAAAGAUCCUUGGAAACUUCCAGCUCCAGCCCGACAUUGGAGCUGCCAUACCUCGUGG